GCAUCCCCGCUCCGUCCCGGCCGCCCGCCCCCCGCCCGAGGAGCCGGGGGGCGGGGCGGGGCCGGGCCGUCCGCGGCGCCUCCCCGCGGGAGCGGGCGGGGGCCCUCUCCCUUGCGCCAUGAUGAACAAAUGACCUCGCGGGGAAUGAAAUUUAAGUUCCACCGGGGGGAGAGAGUUCUCUGCUUCGAGCCCGACCCCACCAAAGCCAAAGUGCUCUAUGAUGCCAAGAUUGUUGAUAUUGUUGUUGGAAAAGAUGAGAAAGGCAGAAAGAUUCCAGAAUAUCUGAUCCAUUUUAAUGGUUGGAACAGAAGCUGGGAUAGAUGGGCAGCUGAAGAUCAUGUUCUUCGGGAUACAGACGAAAACCGCAGAUUACAGCGUAAAUUGGCACGGAAGGCUGUAGCUCGCAUGAGAAGAAAGGGAAGAAAGAAGAGACGCUGCAGGUUGCCUGGUGUUGACUCUGUGUUAAAAAGCCUUCCUGCUGAAGAAAAUGAUGAGAGUAGCGAAAACUCUAUAAGUAGUUCUUCUUCUGAUGACAGUGAUGAAGGAACAGAUGAAGAAAUAAAGAGUGAAGAAAGUGACAUAGAUGAGAGGACAGAAAUGAAAGAAGAACAAGACGCUCAUACAAAAAGGGACAUGGAAGAAAGAGCAAUAAGCAUAGAAAUUCCUGAAGUCUUGAAAAAGAAGCUUGAGGAAGACUGCUACUAUAUUAAUAGAAGAAAAAGGCUAGUGAAGCUUCCUUGCCAGACAAAUAUAAUAACCAUCUUGGAGUCAUAUGUAAAACACUUUGCAAUUAAUGCUGCUUUUUCAGCCAAUGAAAGGUCUCGGCACCAUCAGAUGGCUCCACAUGCUAAUAUGAAUCUUCAUUAUGUGCCACCAGAGAAGAAUGUCGAGCUAUGUAAAGAGAUGGUGGAUGGGCUGAGAAUAACCUUUGACUUCACACUUCCCUUAAUUUUGCUCUAUCCUUAUGAACAAGCUCAAUUUAAGAAGGUGACUUCAUCAAAAUUCUUUCUUCCCAUCAAAGAAAACUCAACAAAUACCAACAGAAAUCAGGAGGAACUUUCCCCAAGCCCUCCUCUGCUGAAUCCUCCCACGCCUCAGUCAACUGACAGCCAGCCCACCACAGGGGAGCCAGCCACGCCGAAAAGGAGGAAAGCUGAGCCUGAAAUCCUGCAGUCUCUGAGGCGUUCGACGCGCCACAGCUCCAACUGUGACAGGCUAUCGGAGAGCAGCGCAUCCCCGCAGCCCAAACGGAGGCACCUCGACACCCCCGCGUCCAUGCCAAAGCUCUUCCUGCACCUGGAAAAAAAAACCCCUGUCCAUAGCGGGUCGUCUUCACCUAUAACUUUGACUCCUAGCAAAGAAGGGAGCACGGUGUUUACUGGCUUUGAAGGUAGAAGAAACAACGAAUUGAAUGAGGUUUUGUCCUGGAAAUUGAUGCCAGAGAAUUAUCCACCAAGUGAUCAGCCACCACCUCCCUCAUAUAUCUAUGGAUCUCAACAUUUGCUGAGGAUGUUUGUAAAACUACCAGAAAUACUGGGGAAGAUGUGCUUUCCUGACAAAAACCUAAAGGCUUUAGUAAAACACUUCGAGAUGUUUCUGAGGUUUUUAGCAGAAUACCAUGAUGAUUUCUUCCCAGAAUCUGCUUAUGUAGCUGCAUGUGAAGCCUACUACAGUACUAAAAAUCCUCGGGCCAUCUACUGAAGCUAUUAAUAAGGAUUAAAUCCUACUAUACAUAGCCCAUGACAAUGCUAUUCUGCUACAUGGCUACAAGAUGAGAAAGGAAUUAAAACAACUUCUGGAAUUGAAGACAUUGAAAAAUAUCUUUAUGAUGGUUGCAUUACUUAGGAAUGGAGAACUACUUUUCACAGAUGUGUAUAAACAGUGGUGUGAGUCACUUAGAGGGUUGGCUAUAAAUCUGACUCCAGAUGAAUAAAGAAGCCUUGUUCUGACUUUACUGCACAGGACUACACAGAGUAAUAAAAAGCAAAGGAGGCAAAAGCAGAUGCAUUGGCAACAGGACAUUCUCAUGAAGAUAAAUCACCAUGCUGUGUUUCAUUGUAGCUCAGCCUCUCCUGCCUGAGAAAUAAGACUUGACUAAACAGUUACAUGAAGAGAAUUUGUGACUGGUAUCUUAUGGAUUGUUUUCCUCAAAAAUUACAUUUCAUCUGUGGAACUGUCAUGAUAGAAAGGAUUGCUUAAUGUAAAGGUGGCUUUGCUAUUUGGCUAGUGUGACAUCUGCCUCAAAAAAUGACUUUGUUGCUUGAAUGAAAGAUGUGUUGCUGACUUUGCAUUUUGCAGAGGUGUAUAUAGACCUUUCAUGGUAAAGCUGGCAGGGUUCUGAGCAGACCAGACACAGCCAGGGAUUCGGCAUUUACCUGGCAAUAAAUGAUUUCCAGAGCCGUUAUGAAAGAACUCAUUUUCUACAAGUGAAUGGGAAAGUCAGUGAAGUCAUUGCAGUUUAAUUGGCAAACAUUUAUUUUCUUAAUAAAGUUCACAGUGGCUGCUGUGUGGAUGUGUGAUUUUGACUGUCUAAAACAUCUUGUUCGUGCUCAAUUAGUAUUUUUGAGGGUGCUAAGUGUGCGUAUAAUGAGAGGUGGGAGCACUGACAACAUAUGGAGAGGAGCCCUUUCUGUAUCAUUGGAUGUUCUUCUGCAGACUUGAAGGAUGUCUCUUUAGACUUUUUUAGACACUUUGGCUCUGGAAAUAGCAGUUCAGUGAGAACUGAGUUCCUACAAAUGUGACAACACAUUCAGUAGAAAUUAAUUGAAACAUAAUUCUUGUUGCGGAAACCACGUGCAGGACAUAGAACACUGGCCUUCAAAAUCCUUGACUGUAUCAAGAUAGACACAGAUUUUAAAAGCACUGAGAGAAAACAGGACUCUGGGUUACAGACUGCAUUAAUCACUCUGUAGUCGUUCUUGGUUCAGAAAACUUCCACCUAUAAUGCAGAGCUCAAGUUUCCUCACAUUUGUAAAACUAGUAAUUUGAGGGCAUCAUCUUUCACACAUAAAUGGCAAGCUUGGGCUGAGGCCAAAAGAAAUGUAAAAUCUGCUGUUGAUAUUAAUUGUCACUUUUCAGAGUUCUGUGGUGUGCUCAAGCUUAUGUACUCAAAAGAUUAGGAUUACGUGGGUUUUUGUAAUUUAGGUUCUCUUUUUUAAAAAAAAACCUUCUAUGAAGAGUCUGCUCAGCUCAGUUGUUAAACCAGUGGCAUGGACGCAUGCAGAUUUGAUGAUUGUUAAUUCUAAAAAUUGCCAUUUAGCAGCACUACUCUUUUUUAAACAUGUUUCUCUUGUAGCAAGAAGACCCCAUAUUUGUAAGCUUUCGUCAUUCUCAAAUGACAGAAGUUUUGAAUCCCUAGCAGAAUCCACGUACAUCAAAACUUUGCCAACAUGUUUCAUUGUAGGUUUAAAUGCUGUUUCUCUAAAAGACAGUUCAAAAAAAUACAAACUGUCUAACACAAGAUUAGUCUAGGAAUGCUGCCUGAAACUUCAAAAUUAAUCCUUUCUAUUUUAAGAAUGCUCAUGUAUAAUAGGACAGAUCUGGUUUUGUUCCAUUUUUUGCACCUGUGAGUAUAAGACACAUUACAAACUGAGUCCUGUUGUGUGACUGUAUUUAACUGUUGAAAUGAAAAUUUCUGCAUCAAGGGGUCAGGAGUACUGUUGGUAUUGCCUUGUGGAGAUGCUCAAAAGAUGUGAGGGGGGGAAAAAUUCUGAUGGUCCAGUUAUAGUGUAGUCUUUGUGAACAGAAUAUUUCAUAAAAUUCUCUUGAGGCUGCUGUUGGAUAUAAUAUUACAAAUUAUCUUCCUCUCAUAAAUCCAAAAGCUUUUCUCCAAAGUUGUACCUCUUUGUGCUUCCUGACACUUCUAAUUGAUGUAACUUUCAUAUUUGAAUAUAUGUUUGAAUUUUAAAAGUUUAGUUUUAUAAAUUCAAUUAUAGUAAUGUGCAACUUUCACAUCCCUCUUUACUGUCACUCUUCAUUUAUGGCAUUCAAAAUUUUAAUACCUGUUUUUUAAUUUUUUUUUUUAAGCUGCAGCAGUGGGAGUCACUUUCAAAAACUUGGAACAGAAUGCUCAAGAGGGACAGUUCUUACUAGUCUUCAAAUAUAUAGGGACUUAGCAGAGUGGGCCCCAAAUUCACUUGGAAUGUAAUGUUCAAGGGUUCUUGAUCUCAGGAAGCUUAAUAAUGUAGCUACACAGCCAGUGUGAAUCUGGAGGAACUCUUUCAGUGUCCUUGACUGAUUAGAUACUUGAUGAGAUCCACAUCCAUCUGUGGUGAUGAAAGAUGCACUUAACUAUUUGUCAUUAUUUAGUUGCUCUUUGUAGAGUUAGUCAUACUGUGUUUUCUAACCUCAGUGAGUCACAAUGGUGUGGACUAGCUGGAGGAAUAUGAAAGCCUGACUGAAGCAGGCUACAGGAGCCUUCAGAGGAGCAAGUCUGCCAGCAGACUUCAGAGACAGUCCCCUGCAGCAGAGGAGCUGAGCUGAGGAAGCAGGUUAAUGAGCAGUGAUACAUCGUACCAACAUACCUGUUUGUCCAAGGCACAGGUGCUCUGUUUCCAAGGGAAGGUAGUUUUGUUUGUGUGUUUCAGGGAAUUAUCCCACUGUAAUUACAGUUCAUACUUACACUGGUAAGUCUCUAUGCUGGAGGUGAGUCCUGCACUUCCCUUCAAGAGUGGGAUGCUCCCAUAGUGGGUGUGGGGUUUUGGAUAUGACUGUUCUUGGGAAAAGGCAGAGGAGAACAGUUGCAGCCUAGGUUUAGAAGCAGGUGGUGCAGCUGAUGAGUGGCAAGAGAGCUGCCAGCUGCAUGCCCAAGGUGCUUGGGCUGCACUUGUAGGACUCAUUUCAGUACCUGCUCUGACUUGGCACAGGAAAGUGCCUGAGGAACUUUAUGUAGUGCCACAGGACCAUGAAACUGACCUUAUGUUAAGUGCUUUACGUAGACAGUAAAGUUUACCAAAGAAGAAUAAACAAAAUAUAACUUUAAUAUUCUUCUGUUUUAUUCCUGAUUUUAAGCUUGAUUCUGUACCUAUCAUCCUUCAGGGAGAAAAUCAGAAAAAAAAUACUGUUCUUUCAAGUGCACUGUCUAGAAUUGCCAUGUUGCCUUUCAUUUUGCUAUUGUGUUUUUCAAGCUCCUAUUUUAAAGCUCAGGCUUUCAUGGGGGUCCUUUUCAACUGAGAUGACAAAUGUAAAUGUGAUCAAGUGCUAAUUAAGAAUAUGUUCCAUGUCCCAUUCUGAAAGCUUUUGCACUUGUUAGGGUUUCCCUUGGCACUUGGUGUGGGCUAACAGCAAAUGUGUAGUCACUCCUUACAUCAGGAAUGUUUGAUAGGAAUUUGUCAAACACUAGUGUAGGAUAACCUUGCUCUGGAUUAUGCUGAGAGAGAUGUUUGCAGUCAAGGAGGAAAUAAAAAGCUGUUACUGCUUUUCAUGUUUAUAUCAUCAAAAAUGUUAACACAUUUGGGAAGAAUGCCGGGGAGAUUGUUAUUGGAGUUAAAAUGUAUAUGUGUAUAUUAAAUCCUUCAUUUUGUGAAAAUUACACGUUUUCUCCACUGCCAUCUUUAGCACAUCUUCCAAAAAUAUGUAUACUGGGGUGGAAAUAAGCUGCUGAAGGCAAGGGGAAGGAAGGAACAUUUAUUAUCCUUCACGAAGUCUCAAGUCAAGCCUUUACUGUGG